AAGGACAUAGAAGGCUUCCAACUCCAGUGAAGAAUCUUUCUGGAAUCCACAGCUAAGCCUGGGUAGGACUCUGCAGAGAUGCUCCCUUCUUUGAUUCAACCAUGCUCCUGAAUGAAGAACACUGAUUAAUAACUAACCAGGAGAAGUAGAGCCCAGUGGAUCUGAGAAAACCUUUCUGGUCAUUAUUAUUGGAGCAAAUGCACAGUGCAUUUAUGGAUCUUUGUUUCUUAAAGAGAGGGAUACUGCUCCUACUACUGGUGAACAGCUCGUUAUUGUGGAAGAAUGUUGCAUCAUUGCCCAUGUGUGCAAUGAGGAAUGAUCGUUGCUUUAUGUUCUUUGAAGACACAUUUGAAUUAGCCGGCAGUUUGUCUCAUAAUAUCAGUAUAGAAGUUUCAGAACUGUUCACUGAGUUUGAAAAACAUUAUUCUAACGUGCCUGGGCUCAGAGACAAAAGCCCCAUGAGAUGCCAUACUUCUUUCCUUCCAACUCCAGAAAACAAGGAACAAGCCAGGCACAUACGCUAUGAAGCUCUUCUGAAAUCAGGAGACAUGAUUUUGGAUGCCUGGGAAAACCCUCUGGACUAUCUAGUGAGUGAAUUAUCUACCAUAAAAAAUGUCCCUGAUAUAAUCAUCUCCAAAGCCACAGACAUAAAGAAAAAGAUCAACGCAGUCCAGAACGGGGUUAAUGCCCUCAUGAGCACCAUGCUUCAGAAUGGAGAUGAAGAAAAUAAGAACCCUGCCUGGUUCUUGCAAUCUGACAAUGAAGAUGCUCGCAUUCGUUCUUCAUAUGGCAUGAUCAGCUGCCUAGACAAUGACUUUAAGAAGGUUGAUAUUUAUCUCAACAUCCUGAAGUGUUACAUGUUAAAAAUAGAUAACUGCUGAUACUUCUUUCAUGUGCUCUGCUUCUGAAAUAUCAUGUAGCAUCCUUUAAAUUUGUAUCUUUUGAAUUUGUUGUUGACUCAUUUAAAAAUAAAAAGUGGCUCUCAGAAACAUAAAA